AUGGACCUGUUCACGAAACGAGUUCAUCUUCAUGAGGAGCAGACUAAGUGCGCGGACAUCUUGAAAAAUCAAAAUACUGUGAUCCUCCGUGAUGAGCUAAGAUCGAUGAAGCGUGUCUUGCGUCGGCUGGGCUUCGUGGAUAGGAAUAAUGUGGUCCUCGAGAAGGGCAAGUUGGCUUGUGAGAUUUCCUCGUGCGACGAGAUCCUCCUCACUGAAUUGGUCUUUAACAACGUCUUUGAAGGGAUGUCGGCUGAGCAUAUCGCCGCCCUCUGUUCGUGUUUGAUCCUGGACGAGAAGUCGGAAGAUGCCACGACGCCCGAGAACGCUGAUUUGGCGAAGGCUUUGGACAAAAUGAAGGUCAUUGCUCAGGACGUGGCCACAGUGAUGGCGGAAUGCAAAGUGGCUGGGGUCGACACCAGCACGUACGUGGAGGACCACAUACGACCGCAGCUGGUCCCAGCAGUCGUGGCUUGGAUGGAGGGGAAGCCUUUCAAGGACAUCAUGCAGACCGUUGAGAUGUACGAAGGCAGCGUCGUCCGAGUCAUGAGGCGCCUUGAGGAGCUACUGAGGGAACUAGGAAUGGCGGCUAAGUUGAUCGGCCACAAGGAGUUGGAGGAGAAGAUGGUCGAAGGCCGGACUAAGCUGCGGAGAGGCAUUGUAUUCAGCGCUAGUCUGUACUUGUAGAAAUACUGAUACCAUCUCGCGGCCUCAUCGUGGCUUGGUUUCGAGGACCCCCGCGCUAAACGUUCAUUACCUUUCCUGAUCUACCUCUAU